CGGGGAGGGAGGGCCGGGGGCGGGGCCGGCGGGGGCGGGGCCCGGCGGAGGAAACUGAGGCAGGAGGGACGCGCCCCCGAGCUGCAGCGCGGCACCCCCAGACCCUCGGCAGGGCUGCCGGGUCCCCCGCAGCCUCAGUCUUCCCGGGGAGCAGGGGCCUGAACCCCACGACUCCCGGCUUCCAUGGAGGAGGGGCCGGAGGUCCGGAGAGAAGAGAAUCGGGGGACCUGGACGCCUGCAUGUGAAGGAGGAGGGAGUGGGGGGGCCCUGGACCCCCGAAAGAGGAGGCAGCUGGGACCCGGGGCUCUGGGGUGUGAGGGUGGAGGCGGCUGGGGGUGCAGACGCCCCCAGGAGCCGCGGUCCAGGACCCCAUCGGCCUGAGGCUGCAGCCGCUGGAACCUGGUCCCUGGGCGCUCACUUGGGGGGCCACCGGCGCCCCCCUCCACCCCUCACCUUCGCGUCUCCGGGUCUCGGAGCCCGGGCGCGCAGCCACUCCAGGUGGUCGCCCCCUCCCUCUCCUGAGAUGUCAGGGAGGAGGGGGCCACCUGUGUCCCCCCCAGGGGUCCCCCGGAGCCUGGGGGCCCCCAGCCCCAGAGCUCGGAGGCGGAGAAGGUGCUGACAGGUGCUCGGCGCGAUGCCCCCCCAGCCCCCCUGCUUCCUCCCCAUCCUCUUCCUCUUCCUCCUCCCCGGGGUCCCUAUGGAGUCCCACCCCCCGCCCUCUCCACUGCCGCCGUUCCCAGCGCCCGAGUGGGACCUGCUGUCCCCCCGAGUCGUCCUGUCCAGGGGGGCGCCGGCGGGUCCCCCUCUGCUCUUCCUGCUGGAGGCCGGGGCCUUCGGGGAGCCGGCGGGCAGCCCGGCCAACCGCAGCCGUCGGGGCGUGAGCGAGACGGCGCCCGCCAGCCGCAGGGGCGAGCUGGCCGUGUGCGACGCGGUCAGCAGCUGGGUGACCGACCGGCGCACGGCCGUGGACCUGCGGGGCCGCGAGGUGCAGGUGCUGGGCGAGGUGCCCGCGGCCGGGGGCAGCCCUCUGCGCCAGUACUUCUUCGAGACCCGCUGCAAGGCCGAAGGCGCCGGGGACGACGAAGGCCCGGGGGGCGCAGGAGGAGGCUGCCGGGGAGUGGACCGCAGACACUGGGUGUCCGAGUGCAAGGCCAAGCAGUCCUACGUGCGGGCCCUGACCGCAGACGCCCAGGGCCGCGUGGGCUGGCGCUGGAUCCGAAUCGACACGGCCUGUGUGUGUACCCUCCUCAGCAGGACUGGCCGGGCCUGAGGCCCAGUGCCCCCGGAGAUGGACAGGCCUGGCCACGGGGACCUCCGUGUGUGGCAACUAGUGCAAGGUCUCUCUCUCUCUCUCUCU